AUGGAUGAUGGAACUGAGGAAAUGGAGAACAAAGAAGAACAGAUUGAUGUACCGCAAAUGGUGACCGAACCAGCCACUGAAACCAAACCCGAAUCAGAAAUCCUCCAAACUGAGGAACCUGAACCCGAGAAGACUGAAGAAAAGGAACCUGAGGUAAAUGAAUACAAAGUUCCAGAAGAGAUUGCGGAAUCUCCCAGCACCACUGAGAACUAUCGCUUCACACGAUCCAUGGCUCGUACUUCAGAAACAGAUGACAGUGGAGGGUCAAAAUCCAAAGGAGAUGGCCGGCCUACACGCUUGGGCUCAAAGCGUCAUGCAGCUCAGGAAAUCAACACACCCAAGAAGAAACAAUCUCCUCCAAAGAAGUGCCUCACGAGUAUCACUCCACACAUGCGCUCGUUCGUGCACACUGUGCAGAAGAACCAGAUGCUGAUGAUGACGCCUGGCUCUCUGGGCCGCAGCACCAUCAUGAAGUCCUUCAUCAAACAAUCUGCCACCAAAACCGACGUCAAGUUGGGCUCUGGCUCUGUGGAGCGAGAACGGCAGAAGUGGGACGCCUUGAACAAGAAAAUAGAACAAGAGAAUGAGCGAAAGAAAAAGACUGAGGAGGAGAGGCGAAAGAAACAGGAAGAAAUUAAAAGGAAGCGGGACGAGCGUUUGAAACGGGUUGUUGAGGCUCGAGUGAAAGGUGAAAAGGAGAAGGAGCAGGAAAAGAAAAAGAAGAUUGAAGAAAAGAUGGCACAGCUGGAGAAGAAAAAUGACAUGCUGCGUGUUGAGCGGUUGGCUGAGGAGAAAGCCAAGAGGAAGGUGGCCACUAAACGACAGGAAGACCUGGAGCUGCGCAAGAAACAGGAAGAGACAGCCAGACAAAAGAAACUUCAGCAAGUUGAGGAAGAGGAGCGGCGACACCAGGAAAUGCUGGCCAAACGCAAGGCUGAAGAGGAGCGAGAGAAGGCCCGCAAACUGGCCGAGGCCACCCGCGCUCUGGAACUGAAGAAGGAACAAGAGCGGGAGAAAGAGAAGGAGCGGGAACGAGAACGCGAGCAGGAGCGAGAAAGACAGGCUGCAGCUGAGAAAGAAAGACUAGAGAGAGAGAAGGCUAUCGCUCUUCAGAAGGAACUGGAGAGAGCAGCCAGAGAGAAGGAGAUGGAGGAGAAGAGGAAGAUGGAAGAGCAGAGACGGGCUGAAGAGGAGAGGGAAGCCCAAAGGAAAUGUGCUGCUGCAGCCUCUGCCCCGGAGCCCCCUACAGUUACAGCACAGGUCUCUGCCGCAAAAGCACAUGCAGCUAAUAUGCUCAACACAACUAUAACUAAGAGUUCAGCUCUAAACAUGACUGUAGAUAUUGAGAGCUCAGUUCUGAAAACUCCAGUUGGGAAAGGAGCUGCUCACAAUAAGACCAUAGAUCACGGAGCUGGACUAAACGUGACCGUGGACAUUGAGCAGUCUCCACAGUCAUACCAGAUCACCCCUAAGGGCCAGAAAGUGACCGUUUUAAUGAAUCCUGAAGAUUACGGCAUGGACCAGAACAGUGAUGACUCAACAGAUGAUGAAUCUGCGCCCAGAAAACCCAUCCCAUCCUGGGCUGAGGGUAUGCAGUUGCAGCAAACCAUCAUGAAGCACUAUUACAAUCCACUGGAUCUCAAUUCAUAUUUCGGAGAACCUGAACCGCCCAAACUGGAGACGAUCUUCAGGCGGACCAAGCCUCGCUUCUUUAAACGCACUAGCUCUGCUGUCUGGCAUUCUCCACCACGUUUGGGAAAUCUGGGCAAUUAAUAAGCAGAUGUUUUUUGUUUUUUUUCCCCCCUACUUUUAUUCUGUCGUCUUUUUUAUGUUGUUGUCUUUUAUACUCUAAACUCACUUUAAUAAAGCCUUUUAAAAGUAUAUAUGUAAGUAGGUUAGAUUGGGGGGGGGGAGCAGAACAGUAAAGGUUUAAUUUACCUGCUUUUUUUUUUAUGGGACUACUUUGUCACCCAUGUAUUUAAAUAUAGCGUCACAUGUAAUAAAUCUGGAAAUGUACACAGGAGCUGCUACAAAUGGGAUGGUGAUGUAGAAAAUAUGGGGAUGGCGUUUGACUACAAAAUUCACUUCACGAAGAGUGUCAGAAUUACUCUGGACUGUU